UAUCCCACAUAUACCUCAGACAAACACAGAUCAGUAAGAGAGAGGUUGGGAGAGCAAAAAAGAAAGAGAGAGAUUCAGAGAUGGCUAGGUGGUGUUUCUUGGUGGUUCUUGCUCUAGUUGUAGUUCAAGCUACGGCUAGAGAUGUGCCCGCUGCCAAGGCCAAACCCAAAACCGCCGGACUCAAUGACCAGAAGAACUUCAUCUCGUACGGUGGAGUUGGUGGUUAUUCCGGAGUUGGUGGUAAUGGACUGCCCUUUGGUGGAGUAGGAGCUGGGGCUGGCAUUGGAGGCGGACUCGGCGGCGGGCUGGGUGGCGGCAUCGGUGGUGUUGCCGGGAUUGGUGGCGGACUUGGUGGUGGAGGUGGACUUGGUGGUGUAGGUGGACUCGGUGGUGACGGUGGAAUUGGAGGUUUGGGUGGCGUCGGGGGGUUGGGUGGUGCCGGUGGCGGUGUUGGUGGCGGUGGCGGUGUUGGUGGCGGUGUUGGUGGUGGUGUAGGCGGGGGAAGUGGGGUUCUUCCUUACCCUUGAGGAUAGAAGUAUAUGCAUUGCAUGGGAAUAUAAUAUGUUGCUUUUAGUUUACUGUUUAGUGAUUAUUUUAGUGUGCAAACUGUUUCAGUGUAUGACAGUUAAGUUAGCUUGUGUGUGAGAAAGAGAUCAGUUUAAGUUUUCUUUUGUGUUUGUUUCAUGUUCUUCUUAGAAAGAAAUAAUGAAGAAUGUUUCCUUUCUCUCC